AUGAAGUUCGGUUGGUUCGAGGCGGCGGCUUUGACUGCUGCCUCGGUGGUCAGUGCUCAGGAUGACCUAGCUUCCUCUCCCCCUUACUACCCUUCCCCAUGGGCCAAUGGCCAGGGAGAGUGGGCCGAGUCCUACAAGCGCGCUGUCGACUUUGUGUCUCAGAUGACGUUGGCCGAAAAGGUUAACCUCACGACGGGUUCUGGAUGGCAGCUGGAGAAGUGUGUCGGUCAGACGGGAAGUGUGCCUAGACUCGGACUGUUGAGCCUGUGCUUGCAGGACAGCCCCCUGGGAAUUCGAUUUUCGGAUUACAAUUCCGCAUUCCCCGCGGGUGUGAACGUCGCUGCGACCUGGGACAAGUCUCUUGCCUACCUGCGUGGUAAGGCAAUGGGACAGGAAUUUAGCGACAAGGGUAUUGAUGUGCAGCUGGGACCUGCCUCUGGCCCUCUCGGUAGACACGCUGAUGGCGGCCGAAACUGGGAGGGUUUCUCUCCCGACCCAGCCCUCUCCGGUGUGCUCUUCGCAGAGACCAUCAAGGGCAUCCAGGAUGCGGGUGUCAUUGCAACCGCGAAGCACUUUAUUGCCAACGAGCAGGAGCACUUCCGUCAGGUUCCCGAGGCUGCUGGCUACGGGUUCAACAUUUCCGACACCGUAAGCUCAAACUUGGACGAUAAGACCAUGCACGAGUUGUACCUCUGGCCAUUUGCCGAUGCUGUGCGCGCUGGCGUGGGUGCCGUCAUGUGUUCCUACAAUCAGAUCAACAACAGCUAUGGCUGUCAGAACAGCGAGACCCUGAACAAACUCCUGAAGGCCGAGCUUGGAUUUCAGGGCUUCGUCAUGACCGACUGGAGUGCACACCACAGCGGUGUCGGCUCUGCCUUGGCUGGUUUGGAUAUGUCGAUGCCUGGCGAUAUUAGCUUCAACGACGGCACUUCGUUCUGGGGCACGAACCUGACAGUCGGAGUCCUCAACGGCACCAUUCCCCAGUGGCGUGUGGAUGACAUGGCUGUCCGUAUCAUGGCUGCUUACUACAAGGUCGGCCGCGAUCGUCUUCACACCCCUCCCAACUUCAGCUCCUGGACCAGAGACGAGUACGGAUUCGAACACGACGCGGUUUCGGAGGGUGCUUACGAGAGAGUCAACCAAUUUGUGGAUGUGCAGCGUGACCAUAAGGACAUUAUCCGUCGCGUGGGCGCUGACAGCAUCGUCCUCUUGAAGAACAAGAACGCUCUUCCGCUGACCGGCAAGGAGAAGAAGGUUGCCAUUAUCGGAGAAGAUGCCGGCUCCAAUGCCUGGGGUGCUAACGGCUGCGACGACCGUGGUUGCGAUAACGGAACCCUCGCCAUGGCUUGGGGUAGCGGAACUGCGGAAUUCCCUUAUCUUGUGACCCCCGAGCAGGCUAUCCAGAACAAGGUUCUCCAAGGUCGCGGUAACGUGUUCUCCAUCACCCAGAACUGGGCUCUGGACAAGGUGGCUAAGCUCGCCUCACUGUCCAGUGUUUCUCUUGUUUUCGUCAACGCCGAUGCAGGUGAAGGGUUCAUCAGCGUUGAUGGAAACGAAGGAGAUCGCAAGAACCUCACUCUCUGGAAGAACGGUGACAACUUGAUCAAGACCGCGGCUCAGAACUGCAACAACACCGUCGUCGUCAUCCACUCCGUUGGCCCCGUUCUGGUCGAUGAAUGGUACAACCACCCCAACGUCACCGGUAUCCUCUGGGCUGGUCUGCCUGGCCAGGAGUCUGGAAACUCUCUGACCGACGUGCUCUACGGAGAUGUCAACCCUGGCGGCAAGACCCCCUUCACCUGGGGCAAGAACCGCGAGUCGUACGGCGCUCCCUUGGUAACGAAGCCCAACAACGGCAAUGGGCCGCCCCAGGAGAACUUCGAGGAGGGUGUGUUCAUUGACUACCGCCACUUCGACAAGCGCAACGAGACUCCCAUUUAUGAGUUUGGAUUUGGUCUCAGUUACACGAAGUUUGAGUACUCGGGCCUGCAGAUUCAAUCCUUGAAUGCAUCCAAGUACACCCCCACCUCUGGCAAGACGAAGGCCGCCCAAACUUUCGGUAGGACCGACGAGGCCUCGGAACUCGUCUACCCCGAUGGGCACGAGAGAAUCCACGAGUAUAUCUACCCGUGGCUUAACUCUACCGACCUGAAGGAGUCUUCGAGCGAUCCCCACUACGGAUGGAAGGACUCGCAGUACAUCCCCGAGGACGCCACCGAUGGCUCGCCUCAAGACCUUCUGCCCGCUAGUGGCGGUCCUGGAGGUAACCCCGGCCUGUACGAAGACCUGGUUCGGGUUUCGGUCAAGAUUACCAACACUGGCCACGUUGCCGGCGACGAGGUACCUCAGCUGUAUGUCUCUCUGGGUGGCCCCAACGAGCCCCGGAAGGUGCUCCGCAAGUUCGAGCGAGUUCGCCUGGGUGCUUCGCAGCAGGUUGUGUGGUCUACCACGCUCACCCGCCGUGAUCUAUCCAACUGGGACGUUGCAGCCCAGGACUGGGUGAUCACCAAGUACCCCAAGAAGGUCUUCGUUGGAAGCUCUUCGCGGAAGCUGCCGCUGCAGGUUUCAUUGCCCGUGGUGGCUUAG